AACAUGGCCGUUGCGGGUUGUGCCAAAUUCCUUCUUCAGAGAUCAUCGCCAAGGUUAAUAUUCCCCUUCAGGUCAACGCCGGCUUUCAUCAGUCCGUUUCAAUGCCGGGGCCAUCGUUUGGGCCCGAGUGAUGACGAAAUGUAUCAGCGUACCACAGUGUCCGUGAUGAAGAAGGAGCCAGGAAGCGGCUUCAUCAUCCUCGGUUACAGCGCACAAGGAUUUAACAUUAAUGGCAACAAAGUCUUUGGGCCCUGCGCAGUUCUCCCUCCUUCUAUCCUGCAGUGGAAGGUGGGGGGUUCCAAAGACAUCACGCAAGAAAGUGUGUCACUUUUCCAUAUGAUUGUCCCCCAAAUAGAAAUUCUCGUCCUUGGCACGGGUGCGCGCCUGGAACGUAUCCAUCCGUCAGUUCUGACUCUUCUUAGGAGCAAAGGCAUCGCGGUGGAGGUGCAAGACACGGCAAAUGCAUGUGCAACCUUCAACUUCCUGAUAAGUGAAAACCGGGUAGUGGCCGCCGGUCUCAUCCCUCCGUCGAUGAGCAUGGAACUGGAGGUGAAGAAUCAGUAG